AUGGAACCAGGCAAUGAAUCGCAGACUUUAGAAUUCCUUCUCCUGGGAUUCUCAGAGGACCCAGCACUGCAGCCCCUCAUAUUUGGACUCUUCCUCUCCAUGUACCUGGUCACUGUGGCUGGGAACCUGCUCAUCGUCAUGGCCAUCCUCUCAGACCCCCAUCUCCACACACCCAUGUACUUCUUCCUCUCCAACCUGUCCUUGGUGGACGUCUGCUUCACCUCCACCACUGUCCCAAGGAUGCUGGUGAACAUCCAGACACAGAGCAAAGCCAUCAGCUAUGCAGGCUGCAUCACCCAGAUGUUCUUCUUCAUACUCUUCACAGGGUUGGAUGACUUUCUCCUGGCUGUAAUGGCCUAUGACAGGUUCGUGGCCAUCUGUCAUCCUCUACACUACACAGUCAUCAUGAGCCCCCGGCUCUGUGUGCAGCUGGUCCUGGUGUCCUGGGUCAUCAGUGUCCUGCAUGCCUUGUCACACAGCCUACUGGUGCUGCGGCUGUCCUUCUGUGCAAACCUGGAAAUCCCCCACUUCUUCUGUGAACUGAUUCAGGUGGUCCACACUGCCUGCUCUGACACCUUCCUUAAUAACACAGUGAUCUAUGUUGCAUCUGUGCUGCUGGGUGGGAGUCCCCUGGCUGGGAUCCUGUACUCCUACUCCAAGAUCGUCUCCUCCAUCCGUGCAAUCUCCUCAGCUCAGGGGAAGUAUAAAGCGUUCUCCACCUGUGCCUCUCACCUCUCCAUCGUCUCCUUAUUCUAUUGCACACUCCUGGGUGUGUACUUCAGUUCUGCUGUUACUCAAAACCCACAUUCAACUGCAACCGCCUCAGUGAUGUACACGGUGGUCACCCCCAUGCUGAACCCCUUCAUCUACAGCCUGAGGAACACAGACAUAAAGAGGGCCCUGAAAAGACUCGUUGGUAUGAAAAUGAUAAAGAGGCCUAAUCCUCUGGGAUUGAAGCAAUGA